AGACAGACAAGGCACGCGCCCUCAUUGACACAGUGAAGAGGAAAGGAGAUGAAGCCAGCAGGACGCUCAUUACUCGUCUUUAUAACAGAGAUCCUACACUUCACAAAAACCUGGGUCUGUCGUCUGGUCAACCUGCUCAGCCAGCUCCUGAGCCCCAGAUGGAUGAGGAGUGGUCAACCACACUCAAACCAACAACAGAUGCUUUCUGGAGGGAGAAACUGAAUGAUAGAAGUACUUACACUGUGACCAAAGAUUGCAUCAGGAGUCGUGUGGCUCUGCUAAUCACUAACAUAGAGUUUACUGAAAAGGCAAUGAACAGAAAGGGAGCAGACAAAGACGAGGAGAACAUGGAGAAACUGCUCAAAGCGCUGGGAUACGAGGUGGUGAAGUACACAAACCUCACUGGAAAGAAGAUUGAAAAAGCUGUUAUUGACUUCUCCAAACAUCCAAAACUGAAAGAGACAGACAGCGUGUUUGUGGUUAUCAUGUCUCACGGGGAACUGGGAGCUGUCCUCGGUGUCAACUUUAAAAAGGGCGAUCCGGAAAGAGAACAGGACAAGUUCCCCAUUGAUGACAUUUACAAACACUUGGACACAGCGCAUUGUCAAGAUCUGCUGAACAAACCCAAGAUCAUCAUCAUCCAGGCCUGCAGAGGAGAAAAGGACGGAUCUGUGCUUGUUAGUGAUGCAGCUGUGGUUAGUGACGAUGCACAACAGCCAGACCCAUCACUGUCUGCUGGUGAAGAAAACAUUGAGGAUGAUGCUUUGCGCCGUGCACCCAAAGAAAAAGACUUCAUACGUUUUCUUUCUUGCACCCCUGAUACUGUGUCUUAUAGACAUACAGACAAGGGAUCUUUUCUCAUCCAGUAUAUUGUUGAGGCACUGAACACCUAUGCACAUAAGGAUCACAUUGAGGAACUUUUCAGAAAAGUCACGCAACGCUUUGACGACGACUUCCCCUGUGCGACCAAAAGACAGAUCCCAACCAAGGACAGAUGCACUCUCCCGAAGAACUUCUAUCUCUUUCCCGGCCUCUGAGACCGAAUACAGAGUUGUAGCAACACAGAUUUUUUUUUGCCCUGUUUCAUUCAUUCACAUUUACUCCUUCAUUCUAUAUAUUUUUUUAUUAACAUUAAGACAUGGAAUUAAUGGAGCACAAAGGUUGAAGAGUUUUUAUCAAUUUUAUCAACAUAAUGCUUGACUCAACAGCUUACUCAGGUUGACUUUCUUUUGAAGAAAAGAAAACAGGAUAUUGGAUGAUUGCCUUCACCUGACUUCAAAUUUUAAAACUCACCCACUCCCACAAAAUUAUGAAAUGACUUUGAUGUUCUAUACCGCCACAUCAUGUAAAUUGUGCAUUGUUUAUUAUCUAUUUUAAACUUUUUAAAAGCUGUGACACCAGAUAACACUGCCAUUACAUCUAACACAAUGUGAACUAAGAAUAAAAAAAUAUGUAUGUUAUAUAUUGUUAUUAACUUCUCAUCAUUUAAAUGAGUGGUGGAUUAGGCAAUUAUUAAACAUGGACUGUAUUAGAAAUCCAUUCCAGCAAAUAGCGUAUUAAGGUAUAAUAGCUGUUGUCAUUCCUCUUUUCAGAUCAUGUAUUUGUGUAAGAUAACUCUGCAUAAUUAACCUUUAAGAUUUUUUUGUGUGACAUAUUGACUAUGAAUGGACAUUAACUUUUUUCUUCUUGUUUUUAAUCCUGUUCUGUCUAAGUUUUUAACCACAAAUUAAAACUUCAUUACACCA